AUGAAGGGUUUCGAGGAUUCUAAGGGUAAGGAAAAAGCGGAAGACUGGACCGCCUUCCACGGCUUGGUAGAGGUUGCAGUGGCUGCCCGGGGAGAGUUGGAGAAAGAGAAGUUGAUGAAGCAAACAAUGAGCCAAAGACAAGGGUUGAAGAUUGAUAUUGCUGUCGAUAACUCGCCUGAUUCCUUCAAGAAAGCCACACUAGUCCAUGAAGGAGCUAUCAAGAAGCAUAAACGUGUGGCUUUUCGUUGGUAUGUACGCAGACUCAGGGAUAACCCCUCCAGCAAGAAACCUCCCCUCAUGAAAGAAAAACCCUUUACCAACAAGUCUUCUACUGGUAGGUCGAUGAAACGAAUGUUGGUCGAGGAUAAGAGCAAAAAAUAUACAAAUUGUAUGAGACUAAUUUCAAGUAAGAUAUCCAUGAGGGAAUGGAAAACUGAGCAAGUCUCAAUCAGAAACCCUUUUGAUGUUUUCUCACAGAAACAAAGUUCUAUGGGAAAGAUGGCAAUAGAGGUAAAGAGGGUUCAUAAACGUUGCGUUGAAUCAGGUGAAACCAGUGGCGUAAAGAACCCCCAACUGAGGAAGCAAAAGCAGUACUGCAUGGAUAUUGUUGGCCCUGAUGAGACACAACCUGGUUUGCCUGAAAGGUUAAAGAAGAUGAUCAGAGACAUGGAAGGAACUGAUGAGAAGCUAAUCAUUCAAAAGCCAUUGUUCAAGACUGAUUGUAGCAAGCAUCAUGGUCGUCUCUCGAUACCUGUGAGCAAAGUCAAGGUGGAGUUUCUUACAGAUGACGAGAAGAACAUGCUGGUAAGGAGUAAUGGGAAUAACUCAAUGGGUAUAGAAGCAUUGUUGAUUGAACCAUCUUUGCAAACGAGGAAGGUGAUUUUGAAGAGAUGGGAUAUGGGGAAGGAGUCAGGGAAAAAUUCCUCAAUCUAUGUCUUGGUAAGAGAGUGGAACUCAGUUUUAGAAGAUAAUGACAUGAAGAUACACGAUUUAAUUCAGUUGUGGUCAUUUCGGGUAAAGUCGGCUCUAUGUUUUGCUCUGGUAAUUGUCAGAAGGGCAGGAAUACAGGAAGGUGAAGCUGCAAUGUGCAAUGCAUAA